AUUUGUCUAUGUUAGACAUUUGUGUAUAGUUUUAGUAUAUUAUGCCUUUUUCUUUUCUUUUCUUUUCUUGCAGUUCACUUGGUGGCCAUUAGGGAGUUGCCUGGCUCCAUAUCCAUAGCAACCUCUACAUGGAAUAAACACCAAACAAACAGCCCACAGCUAUCAUUGCUGGAAUUCUGACAAUGGAGGAAAAAAGCUCAAAUGAAUCAGCUUUAAAAGCCAUCGAUGACUACUGCGAGUACAGACGGAUUGUGGGUGAUGACGAUGGAGGUGUCCUGUUCACUGCAGAGCAAUAUGAGGAGUACAAGAGGACAGUUGUCCCUCGACGUAUGAAAAACAGGCUGUAUGUGAGCUUUGGUGUCCCAGGACGCAUCGACUGCAAACUCGUUGGUCCUGAGACUCAGUGUUUCUGUGCACAUAGGUAUAAACAACACAAGACAGAUUUUGAAGUCAUUCCCUCUGAGCGCCCCCUGGUGCUUCCGUGCCGUGUGAGAGGGUGUUGCUGUUCUGCCUAUCAGUAUGUUCCUCGAAACGGGCCAAACCCUGUUCGCUGCAGAUGUAAACACUUGCCAGAGGACCACAGUGAAGCCACAGGACAUUUGUGCAAGAAGUGCAAUACCUGUCAUGGGUUUCAGAGCCCUUUUACCUGUGGCUGUGGUCAGCCCAGCUUUGCCCACCAGACACUGGUUGAGACAAAGGCAGAGAGGGAGGCACGUGGAAGGCCGGUAGGCAGGGAUGUCCCAUAUGCUGCCAUGGGGGGGCUGACUGGUUUCACUUCCCUUUUGGAAGGCUACCUCACACUGGAGGCAAGCACCUCAGAUCAAGUCACAGACAGUGACAGCCAGCAGAGGAGCACCAAGAAAUAACCAAACAUCAACCUGCAGCACAUACCGUUCAUUAUAUUGUAAUGUUAUUUUCUUAACUUAAGCUG